UAAGAAAUCAGAAAUCACUCGACUGUGUUGUGAGAGACCUACCACUCAUAACGCACGAAGAAGGAUAGCAUUACUCUAAGACCAAGAUGAAGCGCUUCGCUCCGUUACGGAAACCUUCAUAUUUAUACAUCUCUGCGAUCGUAAUUUCUGUUGUCACUGGAGAUGAAGCUGAAAUACAUGCGUCAUCGGCAUAUACAGCAUCCGAUGCGAUGGGAGAGGAGUGGUUACCGUCGUCUUCUCCCUGCAGUCCGAGUGUUUAUUACAAAGGCAUCAACUCAUUUUCAUCUAGAAGUGAGCUUCAAAAACUGUUGGAGGAGACUCAUAAAGAAGUUUUGCCCUAUACCGACAACGAUGCGGACGAUGUAUGGAAGGCACUCAAAGAUCUUGAUCGAGGAAUCGACUUAAAUGGAUUACCUACGGUUCGUUUGAUCUAUUCCAAGAAAGAUGUUCCCGCGGAGCCCAAGGGAACACCUGAUACAUGGAAUCGAGAGCAUGUCUGGCCUAAGUCUCGCGGUGUUGGUUACUCUGGACCAGACUUUACGGAUGUACACCAUUUGUUUCCUGCAGACUGGGGUGUGAAUUCGAUACGAAACAAUCGAUUUUUUGAUAAUUGCAAUGUUGUCGAAGAGGAUGUCUGUAGGCCUCCCACGGAAUUGGAACGCAUUGACGAUCCACCCAUGUUUGGCGGUGAAGUAUUCCAACCUCCAUUGGAAGUUCGCGGAGACAUAGCACGGGCCAUUUUUUACAUGGAACUCCGUUAUCCCCACUUAGAGCUUACGGAUUCUUUAGACCCCGAGAAAACCAACCAGAUGGCCUACCUUUCAACACUUCUAGCAUGGCACGAUCUCGAUCCACCAACGGAUUACGAACGGAAACGGAACGACCGCGCAUGCUCCCGCUGGCAAGGGAACCGCAAUCCAUUUGUGGACUUUCCCGAUCUAGCAAAAAUUAUACAUGGGACCCCUUCAGAAACAAUCACGGAUGAUGGCUUCUAUAGCGACAACAGUACUGGUACUGUUGAAGAACUCACAGAGGUAAAAUUGCCAAUACCGGGGGAUGUAAUGGUUGUGGGAGUCCACACUGACAAUCCUGAUAUGGUUGCUCUCGUAACAUUCGUUGAUCUGCCAGCUGGAUUGGUGAUUCAUGUAACAGACAACGCCUACGAUGGGCACUCAUUGGCAUCGAAUGAAGGAACUAUCAGUUUGACUUUGCCAGAAACCAUUGCAGCAGGUACAAUAUUCGGUUAUGGAGAAGGGCUACUUUACGGAUCUUCUUGGACUUCCGAAAUGGACAGAGGCUUCGCAUUAGCUACAAGUGGAGAUAAUUUGAUUAUAUAUCAUACAUCUUCAUUAGAAUCUGAUGACUAUGUUUUUCUAUCAGCCAUUUUGUUCGCCGGUGGGACGCUUUUGGAAUCAAAUAUGGGUGAAUCUGCAUUGUAUGGAACAUCUUCUACUGCUAUUCCGGACUUGAUUAAAAGAUAUACUGUUGUCUUGGAAAACAAAGAUAAUUAUGUCUAURUUGGAAAAAGAGYUGAUUCAAAGGRAUAUUUGCAACAUCUUUUGCUUGACAGUGCUAACUGGGAAGGAUCCAAUUCAAAGACUGAUGUCUCAACAUUGCCAAUUGUGACUGAAAAUACUGUUGGAUUCACUGUCACCGAGCAAUCUUGAGGAGGCUAAAGGGGUUAAACAUUGAAGACGUUAGUAGUCACGUGGUGUUACUUGCAGUAUUGUGCAUGGUGAUAUUGAGCAUGUUGCCACUGUGCAGUGAUUCUGCCUUUUCUCGCACCUCCCUGAUUCAUGAGGUCAAAUAUACCAACAACUUUUUUGUUUUUACAGUGAAUACAGAGUAUCAUUACUGCUUGUUGAUUGUCCUCACAGGUACUAGUACUACUAGUAGUAGUACAGUAGCAGGGAGAUAGUACUAGCAGUUUUUGAAACAAUGAAAGUACGAAUUCAAUAUUUUCACCAAAAUAUUGAAAAGAAAAGAGUGUAUCAGAAAUAUUUUACAUGAAGUGAACAAUUAAACUCUUGUUUAACA